CCUGUGGUCCUCUCCGUUUCAUCAAGGCAUGAUGGACCCGCCCACCCGCUGCAAACGACAAAUGCGCCUCCAAGCCGUCCGCGUUCUAUAGACUGACCUGACCCUCAGCCCCAUCUCGGGGAGAUUCUUUCUGCUUUCCUCUUGCCUCGACACCUCCUUAAAAUGCCUCGUCGCCGCCAGGCCGUCUCUCGUUUCGCUACCGCUUCUUUAGACCCAUGUUUCCUCCCUCUUCUGUAUUUUUGCUUUGUCUCGCUUCGUCUUUGUCUUCGUUUUCGUCUCGAUUGCCUCUUUGCCCCUCUGCACUGCAUCCGCCCGGCCCGAAUCGCUUUCUCUCCUCGCCGUCUGACUCGAAAAAAACCCUGUCAUGGCUCAAAACGGGGUGUCCCAUUUCAUUUUGGAAACGCUGUAUCUUCGUCCCUCGUAUCGACAUUCGCCUUCGCGUCCCUCGGUUUCUUCUUCCUCGCUGGCCCGCUGCACCACUUCCUGGAGAAAGCCUAUGUGUCCCUAGUCCUCGGCCGCGAUUUUCAUCCCGGAAUUCAUAUCAGAUACUAUUCGUCGAUCCUUACAUCGCUCUCAUAUUUGCAAUUCCAUCGCAUCGCCAUGCUUGUUGGUGACUGCCGGAUAUGGAGGAACAGAUAUUUUUCUAGAUUCUGGAUUCUGCACUGUGCCUUUCCCGCUCAUCGGCAGUAUGGAGUGGCUGCCGGCCUGCCCGGGCUCUGCCUCCCCUAUUUCCUGGUCCAUUCCUUGCUGCCCCUGUCGAUAUCGCGCCCCAUAUUGAACCGGGACACCUCAACAUGCGGAUGGCUCGUGGAUUGUGUGGAAUGAGCGAUGCUGAUCUCUCGCUUGGCUGAACAGCGUCGAUCGGCACUCGCACUGCCGCAAUGGUCUCGGCCAGGAGAUGAUAGUUCCCAUUGCCCCAUUCCUCACACAGUAUUCUGCCACCCAGAUACCAAAGCCCUGCACCGGGAUUGCGCCUUCCCACAUCCAACGAGACCCUGCAGCGGCUUCUG